AUCGGCCUAUAAAUCCCGGUGCAGACUGCAGAGCACGGCAGCGGUUCCAUAGGCCGAGCUUGCUGGCACAUCACAUUGGCAAGCGAGGCAGGCGAAUCGGUCGCCAUUCUCUUCUCCUCUUCCCUUGAGAGCUGAGAAGCGAGGAGGCGAGGAUGCUGCUGCACGGGCUCGUGGACCGGCUGACGGGGAAGAACAAGGAGGCGUGGAAUGAGGGGAGGAUCCGCGGCACCGCGGUGGUGGUGAAGAAGGACGUGCUGGGGUUCGGCCACUUCAACGCCUCGCUCCUCGACGGCAUCCACUACAUCCUCGGCCAGGAGGAGGGCCUCGCGUUCCGGCUCGUCAGCGCCACCGCCGCAGACGCCGGCAAUGGAGGCAAGGGGAAGGUGGGGAAGGCGGCGCACCUGGAGGAGGCGGUGGUGACGCUCAAGUCUAAGACGGACGGGGAGGCCGUGUACAGGGUGAACUUUGAGUGGGACGAGUCGCAGGGCAUCCCCGGCGCCGUCCUCGUCAAGAACUACCAGACCGAAGAGGUCUUCCUCAAGACGCUCACCCUCGAGGGCGUCCCCGGCAAGGGCACCGUCGUCUUCGUCGCCAACUCGUGGGUCUACAACUACAAGCUCUACUCCCAAGACCGCAUAUUCUUCGCCAACGACACCUAUCUUCCUAGCAAAAUGCCUGCGCCAUUGGUGCCUUAUCGGCAAGAUGAACUCAAGGUUCUCCGAGGCGACGAUAAUGCCGGACCAUACAAGGAGCAUGACCGUGUCUACCGUUAUGACUACUACAACGACCUUGGUGAGCCAGACAAGGGUGAAGACCAUGCACGGCCGGUCCUCGGUGGCAGCCAAGAGCACCCAUAUCCCCGCCGUGCCAGAACUGGCCGGGACAAAACGGUAACUGACAAAAAUUCAGAGAGCAGGCUUUUCCUGCUGAACCUGAACAUCUACGUUCCACGUGAUGAACGCUUUGGGCACCUCAAGAUGUCAGACUUCCUUGGUUACUCUCUGAAGGCAAUCAUUGAGGCUGUUCUUCCGACAAUAGGGACUUUCAUCGAUGAUACGCCAAAGGAGUUUGAUUCGUUUGAAGACAUACUAGGACUCUAUGAACUUGGUCCGGAAGCACCCAAUAACCCAGUAAUAGAAGAGAUCAGGAAGAAAAUCCCCAGUGAGUUUCUUAGAAGUCUUUUGCCGAAUGGUAGUCAUGACCACCCCCUAAAGAUGCCCCUUCCGAAUAUCAUCAAAUCAGAUGUGUUGAAAAAGGCUCCGGAGCAUAAGUUUGGCUGGAGGACUGAUGAGGAGUUUGCACGAGAAAUGCUUGCAGGCGUGAACCCAGUGAUGAUCAGACGUUUGACGGAGUUCCCUGCUAAAAGUACCUUGGAUCCAAGUCAGUAUGGAGACCAUACCAGCAAGAUCACUGCAGCUCACAUUCAGCACAACCUGGAAGGCCUGACAGUGCAGAAUGCACUGAGGAACAACAAGCUCUUCAUUCUGGACCACCAUGAUCACUUCAUGCCGUACCUCGACCGGAUCAACAAGUUGGAGGGCAACUUCAUAUACGCCAGCAGGACCCUGCUGUUCUUGAAGGACGACGGCACCCUGAAGCCCCUCGCUAUUGAGCUGAGCCUGCCCCACCCUGAUGGCCAGCAGCACGGCGCGGUCAGCAAGGUGUACACCCCGGCUCACACCGGCGUCCAAGGCCAUAUCUGGCAGCUUGCAAAGGCGUACGCUUGCGUCAACGACUCUGCGUGGCACCAGCUUAUCAGCCACUGGUUAAAUACGCACGCGGUGAUCGAGCCGUUCGCCAUCGCGACGAACCGGCAGCUCAGCGUGGUGCACCCCGUGCACAAGCUGCUGAGCCCGCACUACCGCGACACGAUGAACAUCAACGCCCUGGCACGCCAGACGCUCAUCAACGCCGGCGGCAUUUUCGAGCUCACCGUGUUCCCGGGGAAGUAUGCGCUGGGAAUGUCCUCUGACGUGUACAAGAGCUGGAAUUUCAACGAGCAGGCCCUCCCUGCUGAUCUCGUCAAGAGAGGUGUCGCCGUGCCAGACCAGUCGAGCCCGUACGGUAUCCGGCUGCUGAUCAAGGACUACCCGUACGCCGUGGACGGGCUGGUGAUCUGGUGGGCGAUCGAGCGGUGGGUCAAGGAGUACCUGGACAUCUACUACCCGAGCGACGCCGAGAUCCGGCGCGACGAGGAGCUGCAGAAGUGGUGGAAGGAGGUGCGCGAGGAGGCGCACGGCGACCUCAAAGACCGGCACUGGUGGCCCAAGAUGGACACAGUCCAGGACCUGGCCAGGACGUGCACGACCAUCAUCUGGGUGGCGUCGGCGCUGCACGCGGCCGUCAACUUCGGGCAGUACCCGUACGCCGGGUACCUCCCGAACCGGCCGACCGUGAGCCGGCGGCCGAUGCCGGAGCCGGGCAGCAAGGAGUACGCGCAGCUAGAGCGCGGGCAGGAGGAGGUCGACAAGGUAUUCAUCCGCACCAUCACCAGCCAGUUCCAGACUAUCCUGGGCGUCUCGCUCAUCGAGAUCCUGUCCAAGCACGCCUCGGACGAGGUGUACCUCGGCCAGCGCGACGAGCCGGAGCGCUGGACGUCGGACGCCAGAGCGCUGGAUGCGUUCAAGAGGUUCGGCAGCCGGCUAGUGGAGAUCGAGAACCGGAUCAAGACGAUGAACGACGACACAACAUUCAAGAACCGGAAGGGGCCGGUGGAUAUGCCGUACAUGCUGCUGUACCCCAACACGUCGGACGCCGACGGCACCAAGGGCGUGGGGCUCACAGCCAUGGGCAUCCCCAACAGCAUCUCUAUCUGAGCGGAUAUAUGUAUCUCGAUGAUGGCACAUGCUGCUGCUAGCUGCUAUGCGUUCGCCAUUGUCAGUCUGUUGUGUGCGCCACCGAGCAUUGUGUUUCUUCAUUUGUUUUUGGGCGGCCGGUUGCAAUUGUCAGGGGGGUAGUCAGUUAGUGUAUGGAGUGUGAUUGUUGCCAUGUAUGUCUAAAUGCCUUCAUUUUCGUCGGGAAUAAAAUGCAAGCUUUUGCCGUAA